CGUGCUUUGCGGUAUAAAUCAGCUCGUUAGCACCUUUUUACUACCUCGUAGCCAAGUGUUUUAUGGCGGAGGCUUGUGUAGCAAAACAAGAGCUUUUGGAGCAAGAAAGAGAGGCGACAGAGCAAGCCGGCAGCACGACCAAGAACAUGGCGGGAGCUCAAACGAAAAUUUUCAGCCAGUUGUGCGAAGAUUUGCAUCCACUAGCAGCGCAGUGGAGAACUCUGGGCACUCAGCUCAACAUCUCAGCCGCAGAGCAGAACGCGAUAGAGGGCGAGAAAAACCGGUGCCAGAACUGCCUGGAGAAGGUCCUUCAGGAAUGGUUGACGGAGAGCGAGGGUCCGCACACCAAGGCAUUGCUAGUUGAAGUGCUAAAGAAGAAAGCACUCGGACAAACCAGGCUUGCUGGAGAAAUUUCAAGAAACAAAGAUAUUCCAGACGAUUUCGACACCAACAAGGAGGAAUCAUUGAAGGUUCUCAGCGACAAGCUGAGCAAGAUUGCACACAAGUAUUCCCCUCUCGGCAUACAACUGCUGGACGACCCUGACAUUAUCAGCCAGAUCGAAUCGAGGGUGAUAGACGUGGAAAGCUACCUCACUCAGAUUCUGAAGAAGUGGAGGAACAACCAAGACGGAGAUCUACCGCUCUCAGAGUUGCUGGAGGCCGUCCGAAGCAAGACUAUCAACAACCAGAAACUGGCGCGGGAGUUGGAGGAUAAAUGGACACAAAAAGGAUUCCUGGUGGCACCCCUUGAGGCAGCAGCAGAUGGUCCUGAUGGAAUGGACAUAAACUGAAGCUUUUCAUUCCUCAGUUAUUUUAGAAUGAGAACUUUAGUAUUUUUAUGCAGAAGUGUGUGAUUGUAACGUUCAAAAUGGGAUAGUUUUUUUAUAACAAAAUUGCCAACUCCAGAACAUUAGAUCAUCAAAGAACUAAGACCCUAUAUUAUAUGUAAGCAAAAUCCAAACAA